CUAUCAGCAACCUCGAAGUGAGUAACAAGUCACAAGAAAGGCAGUCAGCUCUAUCUCAGGAGACGAAAACAAGUUCAAUUUCCUAUUCGCUUUUAGUCGACAACAGGAAUCAAGAUGAAAUUCAAGUUUAAGGAAGAGCACACAUUCGAACAAAGAAAAGCUGAGUCAACAAAGAUCAAAACAAAAUAUCCAGAAAGAAUUCCGGUGAUAGUGGAGCGGGAUCCCAAGAGUCAGAUCCAGAACAUCGACAAGAGAAAAUUCCUAGUUCCAAAUGACAUCUCAGUGGCUCAGUUCAUGUGGAUUAUACGCAAACGCAUCCAACUUCCGUCGGAAAAAGCCAUCUUUCUGUUUGUAGGGAAAAUAUUGCCUCAGUCAAGUGCAAGCAUGGGCCAAGUUUAUGAAGAUCACAAGGAUGAGGAUGGGUUUUUGUACAUAGCUUACAGUGGAGAAAACACCUUCGGCUUGUAGCCAUGUCAGCAGUCUGACCGAAAUGUUUCAUUGUUUCCCUUCAAGUUGGAAGAUUUGAGAUGGGAAGCUUACCUGAUGCUGAUAGCAUGGAUAGGAAGUGCAAUGCAUUCAUGGCAGAAAAAAAAUGUGAUAUCUUUGUUGAAAGUUAACAUGGUUAAAGUUUUUUUUGUCUUGUACUGUACUAGUGUUGAUUUGUGAUUCAAUGUAUGUGUUUGCAUUCCGGCUCUAUUUGUAACCAUGGUAACCAGGCACAAGGAAUCCAACAUUCCCUCUUCACAAACAACAGACUCAACGAUGGCCUCAAAUUCCCUGUUUUAUCAUUUGUGAACAGUUUUCAUAUUUUAUGGUACUAUGUAACCAUGGUAACAUGGUUCAAAUGUUUGAAGCUCCUGUCUCUCACAAGACCGGUUUUAUAUUUUGUAUUUUGUAAAGGGAGGGAAUUAAAACCUGACUUACAUUGUAUUAUGAGUUCAAUAUGAGUAUGGUUAUUUAGCGUAUUUCGCUGAAGACCAAACAGCCUUACAUCCAGUACUUACUGAGUCAAGUAUUAUCAUAUGUCAGAUGUAGUAUUAAAUUAUUGUUUUAAAUAUGUUGUUUUAUGAAACUAUAUACAUUUCUGUACAGGGAGUAAAUGAUUUUCCUUUUGUUUGUAAACAUAUCUUUUCCACAAGGGUUGAAAUACAUUUCAAGUAUUAAUAUAAAUUAUUAGCUGCUAUCGACAAUAUGGAAUUCAUAUACUAGUCCAACUGUUAUCCUAUACUUACCAUGCUUAACACUAGUUAAUAUCCAGGGCAUGUAGCAUGCAUGCAGUGUUAGUGAGCUUCACUACAGUGGAGGUAUCAAAGUACAGCUUACAUUGAGGUAUGUUUAGGUGAUUUGCUGACUGAUUGCAUGGGAUUUGAACCUGUUCAUGUUGAAAGGGUGUUAUCAGUUGUCCUCCUGUGAGAUGGGAAAUUUGUCUCUAAGUUAGGAAAUUGUAUUUGUGUUAUUUCUUUGGUUUAUGUUGUGUAAGUAUUGGGAUAUAUACUCAAAUUUGAAAUAAUAAAAGGUGUUCAUGGUUUGAGAUCUGGGGUGAAUUUUGUCAUAGUUAGUUUUUCACAUACAUUUUGACAUAGGUUUUUUAAACAUUUUUUUCAAUUCAUUCCAGUCAGUUCGAAGGUAAUCUACUGGGAACAUCGUUCACUGUGAAUGGCUAAAAUGUUCAGGAUAUUGUGGAAUAGCACCUACUCACAUGACCUUUACACAUGACCUUUACACAUGCUUUGUGUACCUGUGUGCGUGUAGACAACUUAUGGUCUCUGAAAUUAAAACACUUUAAGAUUAUUCAUUUCAUAAAUUGUCUUAAAAGAUGUAAUAGAAAGGAGCCCUGAUGCUGGUAUGGGAUUGUUUUAUAUCACUGUGUCGAGGCCUGUAUGAGAGAGUACUGCAGGACCCACUUGCACAAAACGAUCUUAGUGCUAAGACUAUCGUAAGCCUAUGUUAAUGUAUGGGAGUUAAGGGAGUUAAGAUCAUCUUAGCGCUAAGAUCACUUUGUGCAAGUGGGCCCAGGCGUUUGCCUGUUUUGGGCCCCUAGUCUGUAAAUGUCACCCCAAAUUGGAAUUUAAAUGUUACCAAUUUGUGUUAACAUGGGUAACAUUGUGACAUCUAAUGUGAGUGCUUGCUCAGGUCAACUUGAUUUCCCUGAUAUCAGACCCAAUAGAGGGAGGGUCUGUGAUGCUUUGAAUGUGAUGUUAAUAUUCAAUGUUAAAAGACUUCUGAAUUUCACAAAAUAGGAACCGAGACAACACCCAAAUGUAGGACAUCCCCCAGUUUCCUUGCCACAGGCUCGUAGUCUGGAAUCCUAGAUAAGACCCUGGGAUGGAAGUGUAUUAUUUCUUAUUCUUGCAUCUUCACUAUAUCUUGCCUUAAGCGACAAAGCUUGCCUUUCUAGUCAGAAGAGCUUUGUCAGUUGAACAAUUUCAACAUACAGCUUCCAGUAUAAGACAUUUUGCGAUCUUGCAUAAAGUUAAUACCAGUUGUGAUCCUGCUGAAGCCAAAGCUGUGGUAAUGCUAUUCUUCCUGUGGAGAUUUCAUAUGAUCAACCAUACUGACUGACUUCCUGUAGUUUGGCAUAACCAGCAUCAAAUGUAUUUUGUUAUGUUUUUUAAUGAAGCAGGGCUUGUAGUGUGAUAUUGGUAGUGGUUUGUGUUUUCCAGCUGACAUUUCCAGUCUGAUGAUCAUAUGUUUGCAAUUUUUUUUAGGGGAAAAAGUUUUGAACUUUAUGAAAGAAAAGUGUUUGAUAACGUUAUGAAAAACAUUUCUGCCGGUUCAGUUUGCAUGUUUAAAUGUGAUGUAUUGAUUGUUGUGGCAUAUUUACGGUGUUGCUCGUAAUCUCACCACCAUUUUCCAUAUCUUAUUCAGAAGGGUUUGUAUGGUUUUGUGUUGAAAGGAGGUUUAAGUGGGAGUAAUCGACGUUCAUCACCUAUGGUAUUCGCCAGGCAGGUGUUCGUGACCUGGACAGCGGUAUAGGCCACGUCAUGGUAAAGUAAGUGGUGGCACAUAACAGACAUAUUUUUCUGUCUCAACUAAACCCUUCUGAGCAAACCAAUAAGCUCCAGUUGGCAUGUGACCAGAGAUGAAAGUCACAAUCAUAACAUAACAGACAGUUAAAUGUUAUUAUUACCUUGACCUUGACCUGAUGGAGGAUGAGAAUCAGUUCCUUCUUCACAACUCCUACAAAGAACUUACUUCACCCUUCAGAUACUGAUAGGUCAUGUACCCGGUAGGCUCCGGCCAAUGCAAAUGUCUUAUUAACAGAACAAAAGCUUGAAAGAAGUAAAUAUUUAUUACAAAUACUAAACAUCAGCUCUGUCGACAGUAUUGACUUUUAUUUAUUUAUCUACUACACUGACUGACCCAAACAGUUUUGUGCCAAACAAGAUAUUAAAAUAUCGAGCCACUUAACGAAUGUUUCUGUUUAGUAUUUCGACCAAGCCGAGGUAAUUAGCUUGCAGUAAUAUGUAAAGAGUACCAUCAAAAAAGUUGCCACGAUGUCUGUUUAAAUUAUUUCUACCAGGUAACAGCAUUGUCAGAACCAGUUGAGGUUAAACUGCAAAAACAUACAAUUUCAAAUCCAUGCGUUAGGGUAAAUCUAUGGAUGCCUUUGAGGGCUAUUUGUUGUUUUAGUUUUUUGUUGAAAUUUCAAGAUACAUACUAAGUUGAAAUUUCAAGAUAAUGAUCUUGAAAUUUCAACUUAUUAUGUUAAAAUUUCAAGAUGCUAAAAUGAAAUUUCAAGAUGCUAAAAUGAAAUUUCAAAAUGCUAUGUUGAAAUUUCAUGAUACUAAGUUGAAAUUUCAAGAUAUGUACUAAGUUGAAAUAUUAAGAUUUUAAGUAUCUUGAAAUUUCAAGAAAAAAACCAAGUGGUCCUAAAAGGCUUCCAUAUCAAUCUGUUUUAGAUAAUGUAUUUUUAUGUGACCAGGACCCACAUGUAUAAUGCACAGCUUUGUCUGGACCUAAGAUUUGUUUGUGCACCUGGUCCCUAUGCAACUGUAGUUCUAAGGCCAUCAGACAACCAGGUUCCUAGUGUAUGCCUGUAUCCAAGGCACAUUGUGCUUGAAUCUUGUAUGCUGAUAGUGCAUAUUUGCAAAUUGCCUGUGGUAAAUAUAUAUAUAUAUAUAUAUAACAUACAACGCUCCAAAACAUACGUUGGAGGUUGUGGUUUUAAGUUCCUGUGUGUGACACUGUACUAAAGUUGCCAAUUAUGUCCAACCGUCUUUCAAUUUGGUUGGGCGAGCCCUGUUUUACCUCACACUCUGCCUGACAUCAUUAUCCUGGAGACCUCUGAAGAAAUUAAAGACCAAAGCGACGCUGUUUCAGCUGUUUCAGUCUUUCACCAAUGUCCAUUCCUGGGAUUGUGUUGUUUGAAGGUGUCAAGGUGGGAACGCUUGUCACGGUCCAGUUGCCUUGUGUCAGACGUACUCAUGCUUUGUGAAUAAAAUGUUCUAACUUA